AUGUAAAAAUGAUAAACGACAUGUUACUGACAACUAAACUCACGAUUUCUGGGAUGCACCCCCCCUCUCAACAUUUACUGUCACUCUGAAUAAAUCAUACGACGAUUCACUAAUAAAAAUCCUUAGACGACAAUGACUGUAAUAAAAAUUACAUUUUGGAUUGUCGUGCUAACAUCAACGGGGGAAAGGUUGAAAUCGAGUACAAUAUCCUGAGGAGACAGAGUCUAAUAACAUCGCAUUUUAAGAGAGCUUGUUAACGGCGAGGAAAGUCAGUAAGCCGAUAUUGUCAAACACUUCCGAAGAGUGUGAGAUAUAACAAGAGGACCAUAAAAAGCGGGGAAUAUUUAAUCAGCUUUAUCACGCGAGAGAAAAUACAUAUAAAGCCUUAAGUAGCCAUCACAAUCUUAUUCACUGGAUACAAGUCAAGAUGAAUACAUCUCUUCCAUCAGAGCGUACUUCUACUACCGUGGCAACAAACAUCACCGACUCUUUACUGUCGCAAUGUGCUUAUGGAGGAUAUUAUUUAACACGGAGUCCAACAGGUUUUUACUAUUAUAACUACAUAAUUAACAUCAUCUUGGGAAGUAUGACAACUUUGGUUGGAGCUGUCGCUAAUUUCUUGGUCAUAACAGUGUAUAUGAAGACUCGACAACGUCAAGGGUUCAACACGGCAUUGUUGGCGUAUCUUGCAAUAAGUGAUCUGUUGGUGACAGCUCUUGUGCAACCGUUGAUGAUCAGUCGUUUGAUAUUAGAGCUUCAAGGUGAAAAUUUCUGUGUUUAUUCCCUAAUCAUCCGACGAUUGUUUGAAUUCGUCAUUCCAGUAUCUUUCCUGUCUGUCGGUUUAAUAACGUAUGAACGUUAUGAAGCGAUCUUUAGUCCUGUGAAAUACCGUUCAACAAGCCUGAGAAAUCGUAUUAAAGUUAUCAUGUUACUUAUUUGGCUCUUUGCCCUCAUCACGAUGGCCAUGCGUUUCUUCAAGUUCUUCUUCUUCAUCUACUAUUUCGUCGCUCUCGUCAUCAUCAUCGCUCUUGUCGUCGCCAAUACAAUCAUUUACAUAAAGAUAGGCAAAAUGGCAUCGGAUUAUACCAAAGAUAGACGCGAAGCAGCCGAGAAACAAUGCGAUUUACGUAGCUCGAAAAGAUCCGUACCAAAGACAAGCGUAGUACACGAACCUUAUUCUAUAUCUUCUUUAGUCUUGUAAUAUGUUACAUCCCGAUGAUUGCCGCGAUGUUAUACACGGUAAUCAAACAAGAAAAAUCGCAAUCAUUACAAUUUCUAUUCGGAUA